ACAUCACGUCUCUAUAGGAAAACCGCCACAUCCUUCCCUCUAGAAGACUUCCGGACGCUGCCUCCAACUGACAUGUUUUCAUGACCAUCAUCUGCGUCCACUGAUAAAUGUUCCCAGAGGCGGUCGAUCCAGGCUGGCCCGGAUUCGCCGCGACCUCGAGUCUGGAUUAAAAGCUCCACGGCUUCGUUUCUUUGUCUCAUUAUUCGGAUACGGUUGUGCAACAGUUGCACUCAAGCCCAUUUAAAUGAAUCUGGUAAGAUUUAUGAACAAUCGAGCGCCGGCUAAUAAGAGAUAUCAGCCAACGGAGUAUGAACAUGCAGCUAAUUGUGCCACACAUGCGCUCUGGAUCAUCCCUAGUAUCGUGGGCGGAGUGUUGCUGUACUUCUUGUCCGAUGACCACUGGGAGGAGAUUGCAGCGUAUUUGUAUGGUGCAGGGUUGUCCAGCCUUUUCAUCAUUUCGACAGCAUUUCACACCAUCACCUGGAAGAAGAGCCAUCUACGAUCAGUGGAGCAGUGCUUCCACAUGUGUGACAGGAUGGUGAUCUAUUUCUUCAUCGCUGCCUCCUACACACCCUGGUUGACCCUGCGAGAGCUCGGUCCGUGGGCCGCUCACAUGCGCUGGGUGGUCUGGGUGAUGGCCUCUGGAGGAACUGCGUAUGUCUUCUUCUUUCAUGAGAGGUAUAAAGUGGUGGAGCUGGUGUGCUACACAGCGAUGGGGGUGUUUCCUGCCAUGGUGAUUCUCUCAAUGGCGGACAGGUCGGGUCUGUGUGAGCUGUUGGUUGGUGGCGGGUGUUACGUGUUGGGGAUGGUGUUCUUUAAAAGUGAUGGAGUGGUUCCCUUCGCUCAUGCUAUAUGGCACCUGUUCGUUGCCAUGGGAGCAGGCAUCCAUUACUACGCCAUCUGGAAGUACUUGUACACACCUGUCAAUCAACAGACCAGCACAGCCCGGUGACACACA